AUGGGUAGUCUAGUUACUUUAAUUUUUACAUUAUUCAACUUUAUACUAUCAAAAGAUGUAUUUACUGUGUGUUCUAUAGGACAAUCGAAUAUCUCGUCUUCGGCAAAAUGGGCGUUCAGUGCAACUACGGUAGGAGGCUCAGCAACCGGUGCAUCGGGAUCCACGUCGUCAUUAUUAUAUUUCAAUAGUGGUAUACGUAUUUCGGAUAGUGAUACUCUCUAUAUUGUUGAUAAAUACAAUAAUCGAGUCGUUGUUGUCUCUCCGAAUUCAACGACCGCUGUUGCAACAAUCGGCAGUGGAUAUGGAAUCGGCCCAACUCAAAUGAAUUUUCCAUCGGAUACUUUUGUCACAAGUGAUGGUAUCUAUGUGCUUGAUACUAAAAAUUACCGUGUUCAAAAAUGGCUGAAAAAUGGGAUCAAUGCAACUAUUGUGGCAGGGAUCACUGGUACAUCCGGUGGUACACCCGGUGGUACAUCCAGUAACACAACGUUUUCUAUAAGCUUUGGAUUAUUUGUUGAUAUUUACGGUAAUAUCUAUGUAAGUGAUCAAGUGAAUCAUCGAGUUUUACGUUUUUCUUCGAAUUCUUCGACUGACACGAGUGCUGACGUGAUAGCGGGAACAGGAACUGUCGGAUAUGGACCUAGCCAACUCUAUAAUCCCUCUGGUAUAUUUGUUGAUAGUGACCUCACAUUGUACAUUGCUGAUACGUAUAAUCAGCGCAUUCAACGAUGGAAAUUUGCUGCUUGCUCGGGUAUGACUGUAGCUGGUAGAGCUGGUCAGCCCGGUAACACUUUGUAUAUGCUACAAAAUCCCUCUUCGGUGAUUGUCGACAACAAUGGAUAUAUGUACAUCUGUGAUCAAAAUAAUCAUAGAAUUCUUCGUUGGGCACCUGAAACUUGUGCUGGUGAAUGCAUUGCUGGCUGCUCGAUGACCCCAGGAACGCGGCCUGAUCAAUUGUAUUAUCCGUUCAGCAUAGCAUUUGAUAGUAAAGGUUCACUUUAUGUUAGUGAUACACGGAAUAAUCGAGUGCAAAAAUUUGCAAUAAUCAAUUAUAACUGUGAGUAUGAAAUAGCCUUUCGAUGA